AGACACUACAGUAUAACUUUUUAUUACUCAAUAAGUACAUUUAAAAGUAAGCACGGUUACCGAUCCAUAACAAGUAAAAUUAAGAAGCUGAAAUAAGAUAUGGUAAUAUGUUACAAACGCAACAAUUUUACUACUAAAGGACUAUCGCUAGUGUUAUUGUAGGAGUAACAAUGGUUUUCCUUUCACUCGUCUAAACUCUAAACCCAGGCAUUGACAAUGCAGUAUCCUCAAGCAGCAGCUGCCCCCGAGAGGGCGUGCGCCCGUAACUUCCCGGUUGGCUUCCCAAAAAUAAUCAUUUCCCAAAAUCGACAGCCAGCUUUCCAUUUCCGUCCCACAAAGUUUGGUUCAGCCAUUUCGUCGAACAGUUUGAGGUCUCUGUCAAUUUCGCAUCUAGCAAACUACAGCACCGCAGUACGAGCAAGUUCGUCUUCAUUCUCCAGCUCUUCCUCACCGUGGGAUGAUAAACCUUAUGAAGUUUUACCAAAUGGCAAGAUAGUGUACUUGGACGAACAGGAUGUUGUCACUUUCCUUGACCCUCCCAUGGAGCUUAUUCCUUUGGACCCUUCUUCUUAUAAUCCCGCCUUUUAUCUUUGGAAGAAAAUUGAGGAUAUUCCAGAGGAAAGGCGGCACAGACUGUUGUCCUUGCUUAGCCCAAGGUUGAUAUCACAAGCUUGGGAGAUAGCUGGCACACGGUACGAUAAUCCAAAACUGGUAGAGAAAAGUGGAUCUAGCUUGCUAGCAACCGGAAAUAGUGACGUAGUUGCUGAGUAUUGGAAGUGCCGAACGAGCGGAGGACCACUGCAGAUUGCCUGGUUAAAUUUCUUCAAAAAGGUUGUAUUUCGCACUGGUGAUAGGAAGGCAUAUGGGCGACUCAUUAGCGAAUCAGUUUUCUCUGGGCUCUCAAAUUCAUUUUAUCCUUUAUACUUUACGGUUAGUGAACUCAAAGAAGUGAUGUCAACAGAAGAGCCUUGUGAUUUAGCAUAUGAAUUCAAAGAUGGAAUCUUGGAUCUCCCUGAUUUUCCUCGUGGUUUCCCUAAGCCAGCCGAGCAUCCAUGGCCAUUUAACGAUGAGAUUGUCAUGUACAUACGUCAUGCGGGGCCAGGAGUGAUGAUAGGACAAGCCUGGCAAGAAGGAAAAGCAUUACAACAAGUGCCCAAAAAGCUGUGCGGUGAAAUCUUGAUGGUGAAAGAGUAUUUAUCUUCUCAGCCACAAUCAGGCUAGUUAGUACUGUUUUAUUGUGUCAACUUUUUUGUUACCUGUUGUUUCUGUGGCCAGCUCGUGUAUGCAGUUUUACAAGUGUACAUAUUGCCAUUCCCUCUAGGCUCAUUUCUUACUAUUGCCGCUUCUCCAUGGAUGCUUGUGCUUUUUAUGGCUCCUAAGCACUUGGGCAAUUAGGAGUAUUGUGAUUGCUUGGAAGGGAUUUCGUCAUUAA